AUGGAUCUGCCUCCUGAAGAACUGCAAUUCUUGAGCAUCCAAGACGUCCUGAAAGAAUCAAUUUCGAUUCCUAAACACUCCCCAAAGACCUUUUACCUCAUAACCAUAACCUUGAUCUUCCCGCUGUCGUUCGCCAUCUUGGCCCACUCCCUCUUCACCCACCCGAUCCUCUCCCAGCUUCAGUCCGAGCCCACUGGGUCUCAUGCCGCCUCAUCCGAGUGGUCCAUGCUCCUCACUUUCCAGUUCUGCUACCUCAUCUUCCUUUUCGCCUUAUCGCUCCUCUCCACCGCCGCCGUUGUCUUCACCGUUGCCUCACUCUACACCUCCAAGCCAGUGUCCUUCUCCUCCACCAUGGCCGCCAUUCCCAGCGUCUUCAAGAGGCUCUUCAUCACCUUUUUGUGGGUUUCUCUCACCAUGGUCGUUUACAAUAUCGUGUUCUUGGGAUUUCUUGUGCUUCUUAUUAUUGCAGUGGACACCCGGAACGUUGUCUUGUUUAUAUUCUCGAUAAUGGUUGUGUUCUUGUUGUUUUUAGUUGUGCAUGUUUACAUAAGUGCAUUGUGGCAUCUGGCUAGUGUGGUGUCUGUUCUUGAGCCUGUUUAUGGAUUUGCAGCUAUGAAGAAGAGCUAUGAGUUGUUGAAGGGGAAAAUUGGCAUGGGAUUUGUUCUGGUUUUUGGGUACUUGGCGAUUUGUGGAGUGAUUAAUGGACUUUUUGGGUCAAUUGUGGUGCACGGUGGAGAGGAUUACUUUGUGUUCUCAAGGAUUAUGGUCGGUGGGUUCCUCGUUGGGGUUUUGGUAAUUGUGAAUCUUGUGGGGCUAUUGGUACAGAGUGUGUUUUACUAUGUCUGCAAGAGCUAUCAUCAUCAAGGGAUUGAUAAGAGUGCGCUGUAUGAUCACCUCGGUGGAUAUCUUGGGGAAUAUGUGCCACUCAAGAGCAGCGUUCAGAUGGAAAACAUGGAUGUCUGA